AUAUUUUUUUAUUUAUUUUUCCACGCAAUGUUUGAGUAGAUGUGCGUGUGUAUAUGUGUAUGUGUGUUCAUUAUUAUAUGUAGUUACGAUGAUUUGCAGGCAUUUCAAAUAUUUCCACAACAACGAACAAAGUGCAAAUUUCGCAGAAAUUCAAAAUCAAAAUAAACUUUCGCAAAAUACAAUAAUAUUAUAAAAAAUAUAGUGAGUGAGGAAAGAAUUCACCAAAAACGAAAAGAAAACAAAUAAAAAAUUAAAAAGUGAAUAAACUACACAGAGAUGCCGUUGGCUUUCAGCGACUAGCGGCAUUAUUUCUCCUUGCUCAUUUAAGUGGGCGAACAAACUGCCAAAUGCCAUUGAAAUAUUAUUAACUUAUUUAUCACAACACAAAUUUUUUCGCCAACUGCAUGCGUGCGUGUGUGUGUGCAAAUGCCACUUGCGAAUAAACGCGAGCGAAAAGACGGCCUCCAAGCGGCAAAGACAAGUUACCCCACAACAGGUGGCACAUUUUUUGAGAGCGCCAAGCGUAAAUUAAUAAAUAACACAGAAAUUUUGUGACAAAUUGACAAUCAAACAAAAUAGAAAAUAGCAAUUAAUAAACUGUGUAGCAUAUCAAGGUGAAAGCUUAAGUGCGUGUUAGUUUACAAAGCGCACGUGGCCAGGCGCCGGUGAAAAUAUUAGCACACAAAGCUAAUUGCACCGAACUGGCGGUCCUCAGUGAGCGGGAAAUGAUGAAGCACGACGCCGCCACGAAACCUAUAGCCAUUGGUGGACCGAACGCAAUGGCGCCAGCUGCGGGCACGUCCUCAUUAAAGCGCGGCUUGUGGCGCAACCGCAGUGUGAUCGAAACGCCCGUUUGCGCGCGUAGCCCCAUCACGAAAGCUUUUGAUUUUCUGCCUUGGGGGCGCAGCAAAAAGGGUGGCGAUAAAACGCAAACACAAACACAACAGCAACCACUAAAACAACAGCAAAAAGCCCACGCGGUGUCAAUGUUCACGAAGUCAGCAAACAGCAGCGCUGGCGGCAACACAAGUAUCCACAACAACACUGGCAACCACACAAAUACGGGCGCCGAUAAGGACGCGGGUAUACACUAUCACCGAAACAUUUUUCGCAGCGGCGGCGGCCUCAUACGUGACAUACUCGGUGGCGAUAAGUUGAAUAAAGAGAAAGGUACACAGGAGUUGACGCUGAAAAAAUCCAAUCAACGCACAAAACCCAAGCAAGUGGUGGCGCGCAAUAAGAGCCUAGACAUACACGAGCUCAUCAAUACUGUCGAGAAUGAGCUGAGCGCGGAGCGACAGAAAAAUGGACGCAAACAUUUUAUGGACGACACAUUUAUUGAGAAUAUAAUGCGCGCCAAGGAAGCCUAUCGGCAGGCGAAUGACGAACUGUGCGAUGAAGAACAGGCCCGUGAUUACCGCUAUGUGGAUGAGACGAACGAAAACGAAGGUAAUGGACUGCGGCAAGCGCACGAGGAGCAGCACAAGAGCAUUGAACAGCUAAAUUGUACACCUUCGAGCAGCAAUGGCAACACAACUGCUGCGGCGCACGCACCCGCGCGUCACAUACUCUUCAAUGACGAAGACAUUGUGUAUCUGAUAAAGAAAGAGCUGCCGGUCAAGCGCGACAUGAGUAAGACAAAGCGCAAAGUCUCGUGCCAUCAGGCGGAAAAGGAACACCAACAGCAACAGCAACAACUACAACAGUAUCAGCAAUAUCAGCAGCACCAUCCGCAACAACAACAACAGCAAGCGCGGGAGCGCGAACGUGAAAGAGACCGUGAACGCGGACGUGACCGCCACGAACGCAGUGAAAGUGUGUUAAGGGCGCGGCUGAAAUUCAAGAAAUUAACACCGGACGCAACACCGUUGCCGAACCGCAGAUCGACAUCCACACAGAUGCUCAAUCAUAAUCAGUAUCACAAUCAGUGCGAAUACAAUGACGUUGAGUAUGAACAACCGCACGCGCGCAAUUAUCAGCAAUCACGGUCGGUCAAUGACAGCUACACGGCGGCUGGCGAUAACAGUAAGCGCGGCAUACUGCAGCGACAGAAUACUUCACCUGCGCUAAUGAGUCUGGCCGGCGAAAGCGCAAGUGGCAACGGAAAUGGUGGUGGCGCUUAUGAAGAGGAUGCGUCCCAUCACCUGAGUCCGGAAAAUCGUCGGCGCCACCAUCAACUCUACCAGCGCGGCGAGCAACGCGUGCAAUUACAGCGCCGCAAAUCCUUCACCGGCUAUGACAAUGCACAGCUAGGCAACUGCAGCAGUAGUAGUAGUAUGGCGAGUGGUGGUGGCAGUGGUGCUAGUGGCGGAGGUAACACCAACGCGCCAAGCGUUGAACCGCCGCGCGGCGAAAAACCGCGUAAGAAGCUCUCCUUCCGCGAACCGAUUGCGGAUAAACCGCGUAUACGGCGUCGUAGCUCGCCGAUACAGCGUCCGGAAAGUGUUAGCGCUGAAGCUAUAGAGGCUUCUCCGGGUGACAAAGAGUCGAACAAUCGCCUCACUGUCGACGACGCUAGCGCGCAUAAAGUGAGCUGUGAUAAUUUGAGCGCCAGCAGCAACAGCAGCGCUGCCUUAAUGUUAUUACCUGAUAACCGCAAUUACGCUGCUCAGAUUAAUAAUCUUGCCCUGGAUGCGGCGGGCUGCUGUUUUAUGGAUAAAGCGAAUUUAACAAUGGACUUUGAGUCACAAGCGAUGCGUAUUGUACGUACCGUCGGUCAGGCCUUUGAAGUGUGUCACAAAUUUAAUCUUCAUAAGAAUUCCUUGGAUCACAACGACGAACGCUCGGAUGUCUCAUCCGAGUUACUCGAUGUAGAACGCAUUUCGGUACAACAACUGACUGAUGACGAGCUGGAUAAAAAAGAGCCGCUGACCGCUGUGACGGACAUAAAGCCACCGCAAAGACCGAAUCAUCUGGAAUUGGUGCCACAGACUAGUUCAAAUAUGCGCAAGUCACCCAGCUUGUUGACCGCUGACGAAGACAAAUCCCCCACUACACCGUCGUCGCCCAGUCAUGAGAUCAACAAACUAAAGGAUCAAUUGGAGCAGCAGGCCAUACAAACGCGCCAGGCAUUGGCACAGCUGAUGUUGGUACGCGAGCAGCUUAUAUCGGAAACGAAUGCGCGCAUCGAGGCUCAGGCACGCACACAGCAACUGUUGCAGCAGAAUCGCGAGCUGCUCGAGCAUCUGGCAUCGCUGGGCGCCUACAACGAACAACAGGGCGCCGGACUGACUUCGGCCAAUAUCGGCAUGGCACCGCAGCUGCAAAUGUUAUUGCAAGCUACCGGCAACAACAACAACUUGGCCACCAUCAAUCAACAAAUCAACAGCCUUGGCUCCAUCAACCAACAGCUGACAUCGCUCAGUCAUCAGCUGAGUGGUUUGAAUCAGCAAAGUCAGAAUAUACAAAACUUCCAGAAUAUCAACGCUGCGGCAGCGGCUGCUGCGCAACAACAACAACCACAUCAGCAACCCUCACCACCGCCCGUUAGCCAACAGCAGCAGCUGACACCACCCUGUUCGGUUGCCUCGUUACAACAGUCGCAGCUGCAUUUGAAUAUCGCUACAACGGCGAACGCCAACAAUGGCAACAACACCAACAACAACAGCAUAAAUAACAGUAACGCCUGCGGCGGCGGCAGCAGUCCAUUCCCUACCAUGAAUCAAUUGCAUAGCAUAAGCAAUCAGCUACAACAACUCAAUGCACAAACGACGCAGUCGCAGCAAGAUGCGCUAUCGAAGGACCUCUUCCAGGUCAAUCAGGAGCUGUUGAAUCGUCUGCAAGCGCUGAAUUUGGGCGCUAGCAAUGCGAACGCCUUGACGUUGAACACCGGCGCGCCUAUGGCCAGCGCCCAGCAGACGCCGUCGCCGCGCAACUCCUUCUUCUUCGUCAAUCCGAUGUCGUGCAGUCCAGCAAACAACAACAACAAUGCGGGUAAUUUCAAUUUUCUCAGUUCACCGGGCGCGCUGUCGGGCCAGCUGACGCCAUCGCCCAUGAGCACGCUGACACGCAACACAUAUGCGCACAGCCCGCAGCUGCAGCAACAACAACAUGAGGUGGACGCAUUACAACAACAGCUGAGUAGCAUCGAUCAGAACUUGAAUAACUUAAUCGAUGAACAAUUGAUGAAGCCACUAGGCGGUUCGAUGAUAUCGACGUCCUCCAAUGGCAAUAUAGCCGCCGGAAGUCCCUCGGGUACACGCGAAUCCAGUCGCUCCUCGUCGACACUGGACUCGGCGUCACCAUCAUCGCCGCGCGUACGUACCGGCGGCGCCACAAACAACAACAAUGAGCCACGCUUCAAUACCGUUAUGCUGAAAGUGACCGACGAAGCGGGUAAUGUGACGAAUCAGCGCAAGCUCUCGGCCACACCGAGCUUCAUACAGCGCAGUACGAGUGAAAAAGUGCCGAAUCGCAGUCAAAUUAUGAGUCAAGUGCAACGAACGGCCUGGGCGCGUCACACCACCAAAUAACAGUCGGCCACCGGUGGUAGUGGUGGUGUUGGUGGUGAAGAGAGCGUUAUGGAUGCCGUCUUAAUAGAAAUCUAGUUGAGCAUAAGUUGGGCGGGUAGCUGUAGCACAGCGUUGUGGUUUGUGCUGCGACAGUAGUGAAUAACGGUUUUUAGAAAUAAAACUCAUAACAUAGUAUAUAUAUAUAUGGAAGAAUUGGCUGAUAUAAGGCGUUAGUAUACAAAUGAGGGUGGUCCAAAAAUAUAUAAUUAUGUGGGAUUUUUCUUUUUUUUUAUAAAUAACACUCUCAAAGUAGUUUAUUUACCGAUAAAUCGCAUGUAUCGUUGAUGUACGACUUUAGUGUAUAUAUUAGGGUGGUUCAAAAAACAAAACAAAAAUUCGGGAUUUUUAUUACGAUCUUACUCUUAAACUGUACAGCUAUAGCAAAAAUUAUCUCAUAUAAAUUUUAGUGGAUUUUGGAGAAUAUUAUAAGUGUGUGUCCUACAGAGGACAAACUUCAAAUUGUCUCAAAAAAAUAUUUUUCUCAGAAUAAUAUGUGCUGAAAAAGUAAACUAUUACAUUUAGUCGAAGAUAAUAAAUAGAAAUGUUCGUACCAAGCUCCAAAUUAGAACAAAAUCUAAAUUUAGAACUCUCAACGACGCACCCUAAGCAUAUUCGAGCGUCAUUCAACUUUAUAUAUAAUAUUUUCGAGUAUAUUAUUGGAAACACAACUUUUAACCUUUCGAAAAUUCGAUAUACAAUUUUUCUGUUUACAUAUAAGGAUCACCCUAACACAUAUUUAGUAUGCAUACAUGCAUAAAGCUCAUGUUUAGAGUUUAUAAAAAUUACUUUGUAUUAUUAUAAGUCCAUAUAAUAUAUAUAAUGCGAUAAAUUGUUUCAUCGCAAAGAAAUUUCAUAUCUUCUAGACUUAGUCCAAUUAAAAAAGUAAAACUAUAAAAAAUUGUAUUCUUCAUCCAACUAUGUCACAAUUUCAUAUAUCAAAGUUAUUGCUUGUUUUACAAUUUAGUUUUUAAUUUCAGUAUUAAUAUGGAACUUUGUAAAAAAUAUUUUAGUUGUUGGGCGGCUAAAAUAUGUAUUUGAAUCGAACCAAGCUGUUAGAAUAUGGUUUAUCGGAAAUACUAUGUAUAAUUGUUAUAAUAUUUUGAUAAUAAAAUUAAGUAUCGAGUCGUUAUGUUUCA